AUGAUUGAGGUGCUCCUGGAAUGUGUACUUACCCUCCCCGCCCCACCUGCCUCACAAUCCUUAAUAAGCGACACGUGGAAACCUGGGUUGGCGCUGAACGAGCAUAUUCAGCACUUCGAGCCUGUCUUCUACAGUCCUGCCCUCCUCCUGCAACACCACCACCGCGCCAAGAGAGAUGCCUCACACCACCUCCACCUCGACUUCACCGCCCACAACAGGCUCUUCAAACUGCGGCUGCGGCGGGACGUCUCCCUCUUCGCCGACGAUGUCGUGUUCGAAUCCACGUCCGGACCUGUUGACUUUGACCUUAACAAAGUGUACAGUGGCUGGCUGGAAGACGAUGACUUGGCGGAGGUGGCGGGCGUGGUGACCAAGGAGGGGCUGUUCGACGGCCAUGUGUCGACGCCCUCGGAGCUCUACUACCUGGAGCCGGCCAGCAAGUACCUGCCGGACGCCGAGUUCCACUCCGUCAUGUACAAGGCCUCGGACGUGGUGCACCCGACGGCGGCAGGCUGCGCCUCGCAGCAGCUGCACCUGCGGGGCCGCGUCCACACCCCGUGGGCCGCCCCCAAGCCGCCCCCCGGGGACGCCGGGGUGUUCGAGGCCGUGCCGCCCCCUGUGGGCCCCGCCUCUGCACCCCGCCGGGCCUCGUCGCCUUCCUCUCAUUCUUCCAUUUCGUCCAGCGUGGCCGGGGGCGGCGCCCUCCCCACACCCCAGGCUGUGAACCCCCGCGCCCCCCCGCCUACCUCGCCCCCCGCCCGCCAGCCUCAGCAGCAGCACCACCGCCGCCCUAACCCUCUUAGUCAGUCACCCUCAAAGAAACAUAUUUUUUAUAAGAAAUCGCCGUCUUUUGUACAGCAGUUUAAAAAGGGGGCGAGGGAGGCCCCCGCAGGUGCUCAGUCCCCCGCCGCCACCCACACCCCCGCCCCCAACCACAACGGCUCCGCCCCCCCCGCCGCCCACCUCCACCACCCCGCCAGCCACCUGGACUUCCAGCUGGUAUACGAACCGACGCGGAGCGGCGCGCUCCCCGCCCCCACUGCCCCCGGGAACUACACCCGUCGCAGGCCAGUGGCGAGGAGGCCGCCCGCCGAGCUUCCAGACGAGUCCGCGCCCUGGCCCAGGAGAGGCCCCAGGAGGAAAAGGUCCGGCGUCGACCCCCACAAGACCACGUGCAUGCUGUACCUGCAGGCCGACCACCUCUUCUACGAGAAAAUCGGCUCCGAAGAGGCGUGCAUCGAGACUAUGACGAGGCACGUGCAGCGCGUCAACAACAUCUACCGCGUCACAGACUUCGAUCUCGAUGACGACGAAGACAAGAUCGGGUUCAUGAUCAAGCGCAUCAAAGUCCACACGACGGAGGCGCUGAAUGACUCCGCCUACCGCUUCCCCGGCAACUACGGCGUCGAGAAGUUCCUGGAGCUCUUCUCUGAGGAGGACUACGACGCCUUCUGCCUCGCCUACAUGUUCACCUACAGGGACUUUGAAGGCGGGACUCUUGGCUUGGCAUGGACAGGGGACCUCAAGAAUGCUGGAGGAGUGUGUGAGAAGAAUGGACACUACAGAGGGAGCCUGAAGAGCCUCAACACAGGGAUCGUAACACUCCUCAACUAUGGGAAACAUGUGCCUCCUGCCGUCAGCCACGUCACCCUUGCCCACGAAAUUGGUCACAACUUUGGCAGCCCGCAUGACCCUGAGUCCGACACGCGCUGCACUCCUGGUGGCGAGGACGGCAACUACAUCAUGUUUGCAAGGGCCACAUCUGGGGACAAGAGGAACAACAACAAGUUCUCCCCGUGCUCCCUACGACAGAUCAACAGUGUCCUCAACUCCAAGGCCCGGGACUCCAAGGGCUGCUUCACUGAGCCUCAGAAAGCCAUAUGUGGCAAUGGUGUGGUGGAGAUAGGGGAAGAAUGUGACUGUGGCUGGGAGGAGGACUGUGAUGAACCAUGCUGCUUCCCCAUGAAGAACAACCCCAAGAAGUACCAGACGCCCUGCACGCUGCGCCCCAACAAGGUCUGCUCUCCAUCACAGGGGCCGUGCUGCACUCACAACUGCCAGAUGAAGAAAGGUGACAAGUGCCGGGAUGACAAUGGGUGUCGGGACUCAUCCUUCUGCAAUGGGAGGGGGCCAGAGUGUCCCCCAUCCACCAACAAGCCAAACAAGACAAUUUGCAACAAGGAGUUUGUGUGCUACAAGGGUGAGUGCAGUGGCUCCAUCUGCCUGGCAUAUGGCCUUGAGUCUUGCCAGUGUGAGAGGCACCCAGGCGACCCAAUCACCAAGUCUUGCGAACUUUGCUGCAAACUGCCAGGAGAGAAUAGUCCAUGCAUGUCUUCCUUUGAGUGGAACAAGCCUCCCUACGACAUCCCAGACAUGUACGCCAAGGCCGGCACUCCCUGCAACAACUACAAGGGUUACUGUGAUGUGUUCAAGAAGUGCAGAGAGGUGGAUCCGUCGGGCCCUCUGGCAACACUGCGAGGGCUGCUGCUGAGCGACGAGUCUCUGGCCAACCUGCAGCGAUGGAUUUUGCAGCACUGGUAUGCCGUCCUCUUCGUGGUGCUCGCUGUCAUGGUGCUCCUGGUGGCCAUUGUGAAGGUGUUCGGGAAGACACCCGAGACUGUCAGGCUUAAGAAUCGCACCAUCCAACACAAGAACUCUGGGGCACUGCAGUAUUCUGUUACUGCCACGCCUGGUGGUGCCACCUCCAAUGGAACCACAGCCAAUGGCACCACAGCUAACGGUGCCACAGCUAACGGCACAGCAGAGGGAGUGACCAACCAUGUAGUGCACCCAACGGUGGUGCGGACCAACCUGCCAUUCAAGAGGAAAGUGAACGAGGUGCGUCGAGCUGCCACCAAGGCCAAGCGGGUGGCCAAGAGCCAGCUGAGUCGGCCACACAAAAAGCCAAGUCGUCGUCCUGAUGGUGCUGUGACGUCCCCAACUGAUUCAGAGAAGAGUGGCCCAGGGGCAGUGGAUGGGGCCACUGGGGGUGGGGAGGCCAGGGUCAAGGGCAGACUUUCCAGCAGGUUCUCCAUCAUUAGUUUCAAGGCCUUCCGCCCCAAGUCCCUCAGUCCAGACAAACACAAGGGCAAGAGUCCUGACAAAAGGAAAUCAAAGAGCAGCAAUGAUAAAAAGUCCAAAUCAAAACCAAGCAAGAAUCACCAUCGCAGUCGCAGCCCAGACAAGAAGCGAAGAGCAGAGGCACAGGACAAAACUCGGAAAUCCCGCAGCCCUAACAAGCGCUCCAGUCUGGAGGAUGAACGCAGGAAAUCCAGGAAUCGCUCGGUGAGUCCUGACAAAGCACGCAGAACUUCCAGUCCAGACAAACAGCGGCAGAAAGUGAGGAGUCCUGAUAAGCACCACAAGCUGGGUGAAGGCAACUGGCUAAUAAAUAAGUUCUUGGCUGAUGAAGAGAAGACAGCCAAGCCCAUUGUCAAUGGGUCUUUGAUGGGCUCCCUCAAUGGCUCCCUCAGCUCGGUGAAUGCAGUGCUGGGUGGGACCAACAGCAGUCCGCAGAUGAGUGGAGUGAGGAAUGGCUCCACCCGGGGACUGCUUGCUGGGGACAGCAACAGAGCCAGUCCCAUGCGAGGCUUUGUCAACGAGGCCUUCAUCAGCUCUCCAAGGGGAGCACGUACUCACAGCUCUCUCAGGGUCACCAAAUCUGUUAGUCCAGAGGGGCUGGACUGUGACUUUGGGGCAAGUAAGUAUCGCAGGUCCAUCAGCAUGGAGGCGUACAACCGACCGCCAGCCAGCCCGGACAAGAGGAAGCGCUCAGUGCUGGAUGAAGGGCUCAGUCCCGACAAGAGGAGACGCUUCAGCAGUCCUGAAAAGACCCCAAGGCAGGCAAGCAGUCCCAUUAAAGAGAGGCGCCUCACCUGCCCCGAGAGGCCCCGCCGCACCACACUCGUGGCAGAGCGGAGACUCUCCUCCACCUCUCCUCCAUCAUCCAAGACGAACUCAUACUCGUCAGUGCCCGAGCGUCUCCGGGAGAAGCUCUCACUCAUCACUGCCAGUCCCUCGGGCAGCGUUGCCUCCAUCCUCCCUCCGUCAGAGUCAGCAGACACUGUCAGUGUCCACUCGUCCACACACUCCUGUCACUCCGGCCAGAGUCAGCCCAAGGAAUGGGUGUGAGGGUCCUCUCUGCUGGCCUGACUGGGCCAAGGACUGUAGGCAUAGCUGGGUGGGUUUUUUACUGUGUAAUUCUUGUGGUGCAGCUGACUGGUCCUGUUGCUGUUUCUCCCUAAAGGAAUUGUCUGCUGGGCACACAACAUCUCUGGGAGACAACAGUGUUUCCGUCUUACUCAGAUGCGAGGGUUCAUCAUCCACUUUGUGCCAACAAAUUUGUAAUGUUUCAUAGAUCAUAUAUAUAUAAAUCUAAGAUUUUACAAGUCCAGUAUUGUGACGUGGUUUGCACUCGGAUGGUUUUGAUAACAAGGAGAUAGUGAGUGCAAGAGAUGUGAUACACUGGUGCAGGACCACAUUGGGGCACUACCCACUCACAUGCCUUUAUUUAAUGGGUAUUUAUUUUCUCCGGAAACAACCUACCAACUAGACUAUGUUAUGUAACUAAUCCUAAUUUUAGUCAGUAACACCAAUGUUCUUGCUUUGUGAUAAUAUUUUUAGGUUAACACUACACAUCUUUGUCUUGCUCAAGGCCAAAGGAGCUGAUUUAAGAGGUGUGAUGGUGUAGCCGGUGUGGGUGGCUGGGCAGCAUGUCCUGUGUUGUGCCAAAACACUUCACCACACAUGAAGCAUUCCCGCCUUCACCAUGUCUGCUCUUUGUCUUGUGUGUCUCCAUUACUUCCUCCUGCCCUGGCUGCCCUGCCCUCCACACCUGUCUACCCACACACCUGCGCAUUACACUCAACAUGCAGACUCAUUAGCAGGUUAUAGGUUACUUUCACUCAGCAUUCUUCUUUAAUAAUUGGUUGAAAUUCACAAAAUCCGGUUUCAGUCUUAGGUUGUCACAAACGGAAAUCCUCUUUUAGAAUUCCCCAUUAUGUGGUUUUACAAUCCUGUAAGUGUGUAGUUUAAGGCUGCUGAAUAUUAUACCCUGUGAAUUGUGAAUUGUGCAGGUAUUUUGAUAUUUUCAAAGGUUAUCAUGCUAAACAAAUAGUGUGCUUCUGACUGCAGUAGAAGAGUGUGUUGGCUGACACAACACGUAGCAUGUUAAAAUGUACCCUAAGAGCAUCAUCAUUUUGGUCUACUUGGGUUAGUAUUUAAUUUUGGUACAAUGAUCCUUUGUUUUUCUCAAUGUGUGUGUGUGUGUGUGUGUGUGUGUGUGUGUAAGGGGAAGAAACGGAGAAACAUGAGUAGGUAGGAAUGAAGAAUACCGACGGUCUGAGGGCAGAGUAAAGUAGUGAGCUGAGCCUUUUGUUAUAGUGACCAUUGCGUGUACUCGUGUGUGCAAGAAAAGUAGAAACCUAUGAAGCUGCCUGAAGAAGUAUUGAUGGUAUUCGUGUCACAUGAAGCUUAAAGUAAUGCGCGAAAUAGGACGAGGGUGAAGACUUGCGUGUUGAGAUUAUAAUUCAGUUGACACGCUAAGUACUACCUUUUCAGUUUAAACCUCCAUUAUUUUAUCUCUUUGCUAAUUUCCACGAAAAAAAUAGCAAAAUUCAGUAUUGAAGUAGUCUGCCAUGGUGCACGGUGGUCCUCAUGCUGACUACCAUAAUUGCAUAAUGGUAUACGUAUACAUUAUGGUGAGUGCUCAGAUGGGGAGAGAGAGGGAUGUGCAAAUUAUAUAAAUCAAUAUAAAUGCAAACCUAACAGGGCCACGCCAACCCCCUGACUUUCAGAACCCCAAAAAUAUUCAUAAAGUGUACAAAUACGAUAUAACCAGUCCAUACUAACAUACACUAGGCUAAUACCUUUUUAAGUCUGUUUAAAAAGUGACGUAUAGCAGCUACUGAACUCAAACAAUCCAUGGCCAUUAUUAAUUUCUAGCCGCCAUCGCCCUCUCCCCCUCCCCUCUCUGCCGCCAUCGCCUCGCCUCGACUGAAUUGCUGGGUACGAACUCUUAGAAAUUUAUGUUCCGAGACAAUUUGAAAGAUCGUAGGUUUAGGAAGUCCAUAACGAUACUAAUACUAAUAAAUGAUAGGCUGCCCGCUUCCCGACGUGUAUUACUGUGUGUCGGAUAGAAGUGCUUCCAGUCCCUGCAUUAUGAUGUAUUUUCAAAGGUAAUCAGACUGUUCUUACCUCCCUCCCCCCCAUUAAAACGUAGGCAACAAUAGCUGUAUUCCUAAAAAGUUAUAAUAAUAAUACCAUGACAUCUAUAUUACGUAGUGUAAGGUAAAAAGAAUGUUGAUAACGCAGGCUGGAGUUAGUAAGCGUGUGGAUGAGGCGAAGUGAGUGUCUUAUUGUGUUAUCAUUUUGUUAUCGUUUUCGUGGCAGUGGUGUUGCGUCUGGUGACCAUAAAUUGUGUCAGAAAGGGGCAUUGUGUCCUCUGUGGUCCCUGGAACAUGAAUUGAUUAGUCUCCUCAUGACCCGCACCCCUUGCCUGGCCCAUGUGACAGGCGAUUGAUUACAAGAUCGGUACGUACACACACCCAUGAUUAUCAUACCAUAUUGGCUAUUUUUGGGAAUUCUCACGUAACAGUCCUGGAUCAAUCAUCAAACAGUCUUGUGGCGGGUCAGACCUGCCAGGCAGCGUCACCGGGACAGCCACGUCGCAUACACGUUAUUCUGUUGUAAUCACCGUAGUUGUAUUCUCUUGUUUGCCUUGGUAUGGUAGACACGCAUACAUACAUUCCCCCUGUUGUGUCUUGACAGUAUGUUAUUUAAUCACACGUUAUAUCUGUACUCUAGGUUUUCCUCCCCGUGUUAUUUCUAGUUCUUAAAAUGAGAAAACUCAGGAUCUGUACCUGACGCCGGGGGUCGGCUAAGGGUAGGCGACACCCCGCGUUUGGGGCAGAGGUGGCCACGCUAGGGUCCCGCUUCUGUAUUCCUAGGUGGUGUCUAAGGUGUUGUGGGGUCACGCAUGUAGCUCCUAGGUCAAGGCGAGGGCAUUGUGGUUACGUUAAGGCUGAGGGCCAGUUUUACAGUCCAAUACAGAAAGUUUACAAGCUCCCCAACCAAAGUGCGACGAAAACUCCUCGUGUUUGGCGUUGAUAUAAAAUGGAGGGUAUUUUAGGAAACUACACGGGAAAUCUCUUUAUUAGUAUCUGGUAUUGAGUGAAAAUAACAAUCAUUGGGGUGAAUAUGGUUUGGUUUGGUUUGGGCGCUAAUCACAAUGUCUGUUGGACUGUAACUGGCCAUGAGGGGCUUCUUGUGGGAGCGCCGUCUUUCCUUCAGUGUGGGGUUUGCUUUGGCCCUCACGUCAGCCGCUGAGGGUUGCGUCCAUUCUUCCAAACCCUUAUUGGGAGUGUUUGGAAGUAUGGAUGAAGCUUUUUUUGUUAUUGUUGUUUUAGAGGUUGUGUAGUGAAGCUUUGGAGUCUUGGACGAGUCGAUCUCGGGUGCCGCAAGAGGAGCCUUAAUAUGAAUGUUGUUUUGAUAUUCUUUUUUUGGUAACGCCAGGCCCGACUGAUGGUGUGUCUCGAUCUGUGAUGGAUCACCGAUAGUAAGAGAGAAAAAUAGAAAAUGCUCACGUCACUCAUUCUCUACUAUGUUUUCUGUAAUAUACGUUAUUAUCGGUCAUUCUUUUCCCUCGUGAUGUCUCUUAAGUCACCCAACCCUGGCUUUGUUGUUUAUAUUCGUGGUUCUGUCUUAAGGUAUCCAUCUUUUUUCUCGGAAUAGUAUUCACUCGAAGCCAGGUCAAGUUUUUAUGAAGGCGAAUUCAUGAGAAACGAUCCAAAUUUGUCUGUUUACAUGAUUUUCGUCUGACGUUAUUCUUAGGUCACUACGAGGAACAGUAUACCGGAUAAUAUUCAUCGUUUUCCUUAAUUAUUUUUUAUGAAGGGCGGCAGGUCGUAUCCAUUGAUUUUCUUUAAUGCUUUCCCGGAAGAGCAUCGUUACAGUUUGGGUGAUUAUAUGUUAUUUUGUUUUAAUGCUUUUCAGGAAGUGCAAUAAUUCACGUCCACCGUUUUUCUUUAGCAAUUUGCAUGAUAAAAUUCAUGGGCUAUCUUCCUUUCAUGUAAUGGUUUUCCCAACGAGCAGUAUUGUCAUGUUCAUAGUUUUCUUCAGUGGGUUUCUCGAAGAGGCAAGAUUUCCUUUGAACUUUAUAAUGAAGAGCAGCACGUCAGGUUCUCAGUGGUGGGCGGGACUCCUCGCCCACCUUGUAUUAGGCUAUCUUCCUAUACAGGUAAUCAUAUGAAGCGUCGCCCACUGGCCACCCAUCCUUCACUCGCGAUGCAUAACACGUUUGGUUCAUGGCUCCGUAGCCCCUAACACACUUCCGUGAAAACCUUUUGUGAUCUUUUUGAACGGGUGACCCUGCAUGGCGAGGCUAGGCCUGGCGGGGGCUCGUCCCCACCCAACCCCGCCGCCCCAGCCCGCCGCCGCCUCGCCGCCACCAUCAGAAGGGCUGGUCAGCGCGAUUUCAUCUGCCAUUAAAGAUCCCAUUUUCUAUGACAUGCCAUUCAAUACUAUUUGUACGACAUUACCAUUUUGACAAUAAAACGAAGAAAGAAACCCUCGUGUACCUUCCCUUCCCAUCCCUUCCAUUGCGUGCCGCAGUGUGCUCUAUACUAUCUCGCGUGCUUGGCGUAUCAUGCCUGGCCUACCACCUUCCCUCGCGUUGUGCUAGCGUUAGGUGGAGGGCGGAGGCAGCAGCAGCAGGGUAAGGUGAGCCCCAGGUUGUCGGCGGCCUGGUGACGUGCGGAGUUAUAUCCUUUUGCAUCUUUCAUGAGCAAGCACAACCGAGGCCUUGGCACGAGGGCUGUCUAAACGCUUAUUUUUCACUUGGAACAGUUUACCUGCCUCACAGGUGGACAGGGUUCGAUAUCCAGGUCAUUUUGCACAUGACACGCCCAGCUCUUGCCUCCCCCUCACUAAGCCCUGGAGACGCAUACCUGGCCUCACCAUUAUUGACGUGAGUCCAGGUCAUCCAUCAGAGCAGUGACAUCCGCCCCCCCCCCCCCCCCCUUUCUCAUCACUGCCGCCAUCACCAUGAUCCACAAUGCCCUCCAUCACUUACUUCCCCUCCCUUACAUGCUUAUUACACUGAUCAAUACACGUUUAUAGCCAUGCGAGAAGCUUAUUUGCACUCCUUUCUUGUUCUGUUUUUGUUUUUUUCUCUCUCUCUCUCUCUCUUUCAGCAGCUUCGAGUAAUUUAUCCGAGAGACCUUUGUUUGUCCUCGUGCUCGGCUUGUAUAAAUUUAGUUGCGAUGUGUACGUGACCUCCAUCAUGUUUUAGUAGAAGCUGGACGAGUUUAAUGCGGGUAGUAUUUGUGUUGUUAUUCUCUCUAGGGACACAAACACCGCCUUUUUACCGCCCCCCCCCAACACACACACACACACACACACACACACACACCACCACCACCACCACCACAGUAUAUAGCCUAUUCAUUAUCUGUAUCGUCAUCAUCACCACUAUUAAUGUUCCUUCCCUUCAUAUAGUCCUACCUCCUCAAUCCAAACAAUAUUCCAGCAUUUCAACACACCAUCACCACCAUCACUAUGCCUACUACCUAACCACCGUCACCACCGCAACACACACACACACACACACACACACACACACACACACAAACUCAACCUCGUGUAUGCUAUUAUUCUAAAAGUCUGACACGCAAGAAAGAAAAGCAAAUCAAACUUGUCACGUGUCGCAUUUUUUUUUCCUCGAUAUUGGAACACGUGCGAGCAAGGACGAACUAGAUGAAAAAUAGAACAACAACAACGACAACAACAUUUACCAUACUUCAUUCCGGCACAUAUCAAUAUCGUCCUGAGGCACUUAUGCUCCCCCUGAUCUUUCCUGGCUUUUGUUAGAGGUUGAUUAGUCGAUGGGCAGACCAAACGGUUCUGACCCCACAUAAAGAGAGAGGGUGCUGCCACGCUUCUCUUAAUUAUUUAGACGGCAUGAUUAAUAUUUCCGAGAAGCGUUAGUCCUCUUUCACCCUCUCCUUUCAUGUCCUGCCCCCUUCCUCUCCCCUUCCUUCCCUUAUAAGCCUUGCCUUGCCUUCCCUUCCUUUCUUCUCUUCCCUCCACACAUCACCUGAAUCUUGCUGCUUACCUCUCACCUACAUAAUUCAUCUUUUACGUGACAUGCCAGCCUUGUUAGUUCACACACACACACACACACACACACACUUUACCUCCCUUCCUCUCUUCCUCCACGUCAUUUUCCACUCCACUCCGAAAACCACUUACCUGUCCUUUCCACCUUAAUCAUCCCUCCCCCCCCACACACACCUGCUCAACACUCCAUCCACUACACGCGCUCCACUCCUCCACAUAAACCACAUCAAUCCCGCAAUCUUUCCCUGUUAUUAGCCAUCUCGCUGGCUCUAUUUAUUCGUAGACAUGCACUUAACGUUCCUCUUAUCUAAUCUAUAUUAAUUGCCGCCUCUCUGCUUCUUCAUCCCCCCCCUCCCCCCCGCUUCCACCCUUCCGCAUUAUCAAACUGUCUAUCUUCAUUUAUUCAUCCAUACGUCCUUGUCCACCCUUCGACCCUCACCUCAACACAAGGUUAUAUAAUUCUUCUUCUCCACCUCCACCCUCCAUCAUCAUCAUUCCAUCCCCAAUUCCACUGUAUCAUCAAUUUCCCCGUUUCUGAUAUUCGUCCACAGAGUUAUGUAUCUCCGCCCAUCCACUCUUCACCUGGACACACCUUUCUUCGUACCCCCUCCACCUCCUACCUUCACCCCCCCCCCUUUCUUUCUGAUAUCCCUAACCUUCAUCCCCCCCCUCCCCCCCUCCCUUUCUCACCCACCUGUCGCCUCUCACCACACACAUCAGCCUCACAGAUGGGUUGAAAUAUUAAUCUGGGCCAGUAACACAUCGCCGCCAAUAAAGUUCAUGGCGCGCACACACACACACACACACACACACACAGGCAAGACCGUUCACAUAUUGGCGGUGUUUUAUUUUGAACUUUAGUGUGUCUCGAUUAUUGGCAAGGAACCUCCUGGCCUCAUUUUCUUUUUAGCACUUUUUUUUGGGGUAUUGUUGCUUCAUUAUUUUUUGACAGCUCUCUUGACGAUUAUGUUCUUUUUAUCCAUGGCUAUUUUCUCAGAUUUAUUACUGAUGUUUCGUUUUAUCGGCUGCAAUAUAUUUUUGUUCAUGUUCAUAACUUCUAUUUUUUAUUUCUUGUGAUUCAUGUGUAGUAUAUAUCGGUGGAAUCCAUACUUCUGUUGCUAUGUUAUUGUAUUGAUACUUUUUUCUUCUCUUUUUUUCUGUUUGCAUGAAUAUAUAUUUUUCAGGUUUAUCGGUUUACCUUUA